AGGAUGAGCCCCAAAAGAAGAUACUAGCCGCCUCCCCGCUUCUUGUUUCCCCCGCAUGAUCGAGCCAUGUCGCAAAAGCAGCCCCGGGAAACUGCUGCAGCCUCCACCGCUGCAGCCUCCACGACCGCAAGUGCCACCGCAAGUACUUCUAGCGUAUGCACAAGUGCAAGAAUGUCUGGGUCGGGGAGAUUGCGAGAUUUGUCAUGCUAGUCUGGCAUGACUCUAAACUCUGUAUUGCGUGCCCGCGAAGAGCUCUUCUUGUUUGUCAUGCAAAAACGCAGUUUCUCAUGCGGAGCGCGCAAGCGCAACUCUGAGCCACGGAAAAACUUGUCAUGCUGGGCAGCGCAUUACAGUGCGCUCACUCUUCCCUUUCUUGCAUUACAAAUUUCCAGACCCAGACAUAUUUGCAUUUGAUAUAACGCGAAGAAGCGCAAAAGCGUGGACGAGGACCGGGUCGGAGACGAGACCAUUAUCAAAUGUAAAAAUGUCUGGGUCUGGAAACUUGUGAUGCUGGGUGGCGUAUCAUGAUGAGGCCAGACAUGCUGGCUCAGCAUCACAAGUUUCUGAGCUUCUAGGUGUUGCCUAUUCUGCAUGACAAACUGCGUUUCUGCAUCAGAGAAAAAUGGAGCUCUUGGGUAACUUGCAUGACAGAUUUAAGAGUCAUGCCACACAAGCAUGACAAACAUGCAUUCUUCCAGACCUAGACAUUUUUACAUUUGAUAACCAUCAAGCGAAGACUAACAAACAGAAAAAUCCUCCUGCACAGACAUAGUGAAACGGAAAUUUCUGUUGCUGGAUUUGUGUACACGACAAAUCAGCGCUGUAUUGCAGCAAGCGCUUGCAGGCACUUCCAAAGCCUGAUUAGGUCUGCAAAAGGCUAGCACUCAGGCAUGACAGACAGCUUUGCGGUAGGCAAGAGCGCAUGACAACUUGGCUGUGGACUGCACCACAUGGCUCCCAUUUGCCUCAUAUGCAAGACAAAGCUGAUUUGUGGCCACAGAGCAGCAUCACAAAUUUCCAUUGUGAGUAUGGUGAGGGGGGAUUUUUCCUCACGAUAAAGACCCGCACGGCUGAAUCCCUUUCUCCCACCCGUCUCCGAGGAAACGGAAGAGGAUGUCAGCGAGGCCUUGGGGGACGAUUUUCCCUAUCCCUCCGCCCGGGAUGCGGGGAAGGCGAGUUCGCUGCUCGGGCAGACCUGGAAGCAACGCUUGGCAAGCCUACCCCCCGGCGAGUGGAAAGGGGCACUGGGUUUGGGGUACUCCUUCCAGACGCAGAAAAACGCGUCGAUGGC